AUGCUGGUAGCAGAGGUGAAAGGCAUGCUGCAGAGCAAAAUCGCAUCAGUCCUCACCUCGAUGAAGUCUCUGGAAGACAGGAUCAGCUCCCUAGAAGAGAGAGACUCCCGCACGGGAGGCCCGGUCCCAUCCGCUAUACAGCAGCAUGCAGCACAGAUCACAGAUAUGAGACUGCACAUCGAGGAUUUAGAUAAUAGAAGCAGGAGACACAACAUAAGAGUACGGGGUCUGCGGGAGGCCCCGGACCAGGAAAACCUAAAAGCAACACUUACCCGCCUUUUCAACAUGAUCCUGGGCCACCCGCCAGAUGCCAGAAUAACAAUGGACAGAGCCCAUCGGGUGCUACGCCCGUGCCUGCGUCCGCCGCCCGACACACCACCAAGAGACAUCAUAUGCAGAAUCAAGGACUACCGACUGACAUAA